CACCAAAAAACACAAGCUUUACAGUCUCAGCAAAGGCAACCUGAUUUCAAAGACUACUUUAGAGUACCAGAUAAAUAUAUGCCAGAAAGACCACCAGAUCGGUAUGGUCCAGUGCAAUCAAAGAAAAAUAUUAAAGUCGACUCUGAUGAAGAACUGGCUGAUUGUAUAGAUAAGUUAUCAAUAAAUAAAGCUUUGUUAAAAGGUUUUGAGGCAGGAGUUCAUGCUGUUAUUAAAUCAUCCAAAUACCAUUGUUCAAAUUGUAAUAGAACCGGACACAAUUCUCGUAAGUGUUCUAGAAAGAAAUCUAAGAAUUCCAAGAGAUCUAGCAAGAAUAAAAAAG